AUGGCUCAGGAGAACAAGGAUGUUGGAAGAUACGACGCAGGCUCUGCCGGUGUUGAGGCGGGCGCCGGAAGGCCUUCGCCGUCCGUGGUGCUCCAAGUCUCAACCAAGUGGCUCAGAUCGUCUAGAAUGUACGCAUCCAGUGAUAUCUCCGGUCCAACCUCGCGUUCUCGGUCACCAUUCGGUAAUUCUCGACCUACCGUUCCUCAAUAUGUGGGCAAUAUUAUCACCCGAACGGUUUCGGCCUUGCAUCUGUGGUUCGCGUGGCAACUCGAAUUCGUUCAUUCUCUCAUUUUCAACAUGAUGAGUUUCAUAUUGUUUCAAAGGUAUUCCCCUGCCACUCCCCCACAACGGACAGCGGUUGUUAUUAUGAGUGGGGGGGAAGGAAUUGGGCGAAAGCUUAGCUUGAAGUUCGCUUCUGCGGGGUACACGGUUUUCGCUUGCCUCCCGCAUGACGUACAGACGCCUCGAGGAACGUCGUCUAGCUCAUCAGUUUCGCCUUUGUUGUUUAUCUGGCAGAGCAGGAGAGCGAGGAGCCAACAAUCAAGCCCUCAGAUGGUGGGCACCAUUGUCCCCCUUGUGUUCGAUGCAGCUGUCCCAGACGAAUGCGAGAGAGCCAUUGACACAAUCCGUGCUUAUUGCGAUCGGCACACGCUACGUCUUGGCGCCGUUAUUGUUCCCCCAAUUUCCCCAAUGCCCGAGAGUGACCCGGGAGGCGCGUCUCCAUCUGAUCAUCAAGGGGGUGUACGAUGGAGAGGAAAACGAAGUCUCACCCCACCAAGCCGCCUUAUACAGACGAGCCAGAUUGUUUUACAAGACGCCAUGGCGCGUUGUGUAUUUCAACCUCUUGCGGUGAUACAGGCUCUGACACGAAUGCUUCGGGAUGCACAUUCGCAUGUCAUCUUCAUUUCGGGCUGUGACGAGUCAGGUUUUCAGCCGACGCAUGGCCUCAGCAGCAUAGUUGACUCUGCUAGACAAAGCAGCGCUCGUACUCUGGCGGCGGAGAUUCGGCACCUAGGCAUUCAAGUGUCAUCAGCCAUCUUUGGCCCUUGGAGGAAACGGACUAUUUCCGUGGUGAAGCUGGAGUCUGAUGGCAUGGACUCUCCGUCAGAGGCUCGCUUUACUAUCACUGCUAUGGGCAGUGGACGAACAAACGUGUUUCGAGCUAAUCCAACGAAUCGUUCAGAGUUCACAUGCUCGCUCUGUGUAUCUCUUCGGAUUGGAUGUGCACAUCCAAAACCUCUUUGCGAUGUUCGUUCCUAUCGACAUUCAAUCGUUCCUCUGCCGGAAGACAUCCCAACUAGUCGGCCCCCUUGUCUAGUGUGAUGCAGUCUUGCAUGUUACCCAUUUCUUGUUUACUAUUCUCUGUAACACAAUUGCUCGUUUCGAAUGUUUCAAUCAUCUUGUACAUCUUGUAGUAUUAUCGCAAGACACCUUAUUGGUCAUUCUCAAUGUAGCUGUAGCUAUAGAUAGCAGCUAGUAUGUCAUAUUCUAUCAUCUAAGGGGAGAG